GGUGGUGGAGGCGGUGGUGGUGGUGGUGGAGGCGGUGGUGGUGGUGGUGGAGGCGGUGGUGGUGGUGGUGGAGGCGGUGGUGGUAGUGGCAGAGACGAUUACGUGUCUACUGACCGCAGCCAACUGCGACACAGAACUCACCUUGUGCGUAUCACACGAGAUGCUGGUGACACCGGGAAGGCGAAAGUCGACGACGUCCAGCGGGAAACCGGCCUCCUCCAUGAAUGGCAACAGAAAACCACCCAGGCAGCAGUCGACGUGCACAGGAAUACCUCUUGA